UAAAUCUGCUACACCCCUUCACGCAUUUAUCCUAGAGCUCCUCCUUCAGCUCCGCUUUACUCCCAGCCACCUUUGCGCUGUACUCCUGCGCCUGCGCUUGCGCUAGCUUUCAGCUGGCUCUGGACCUGAGAGCUACGGAGGUGUGCGCGCGCGCCCUUGCCCCUGUUGCGCGCAAGGUGUCACCUUGGGCGCGAGCGGGGCCGCGCGCGCACGGGACUGUGUGUCUAGGGCCAUCGAGUAGUGAUGGCGGCGACGGCGAGUCCCGGGACCACCGGGAUGGACGGGAAACCCCGUACCUCUCCUAAGUCGGUCAAGUUCCUGUUUGGGGGCCUGGCCGGGAUGGGAGCUACAGUUUUUGUGCAACCCCUGGACCUGGUGAAGAACCGGAUGCAGCUGAGUGGGGAAGGAGCCAAGACACGAGAGUACAAAACCAGCUUCCAUGCCCUCACCAGUAUCCUUAAGGCAGAAGGGCUGAGGGGCAUUUACACCGGGCUGUCAGCUGGCCUACUACGCCAGGCGACUUACACCACCACUCGUCUUGGCAUCUAUACUGUGCUGUUUGAACGUCUGACUGGGGCUGAUGGUACACCCCCCGGCUUUUUGUUGAAGGCUCUGAUUGGCAUGACUGCAGGUGCAACUGGUGCCUUUGUGGGAACGCCAGCUGAGGUGGCUCUUAUCCGCAUGACCGCUGAUGGCAGGCUUCCAGCUGACCAGCGCCGUGGCUACAAAAACGUGUUUAAUGCCUUGAUUCGAAUUGCCCGGGAGGAAGGGGUCCCCACACUAUGGAGGGGCUGCAUCCCUACCAUGGCUCGGGCGGUCGUCGUCAAUGCUGCCCAGCUCGCCUCUUACUCUCAAUCCAAGCAGUUCUUAUUGGACUCAGGCUAUUUCUCUGACAACAUCCUAUGCCACUUCUGUGCCAGCAUGAUCAGUGGCCUGGUCACUACUGCUGCCUCCAUGCCCGUGGACAUCGUCAAGACCCGGAUCCAGAACAUGAGAAUGAUCGACGGAAAGCCAGAAUACAAAAACGGGCUGGAUGUGCUGGUGAAGGUCGUUCGCUACGAAGGCUUCUUCAGCCUGUGGAAGGGCUUUACACCGUACUAUGCCCGCUUGGGCCCCCACACCGUCCUCACCUUCAUCUUCUUGGAGCAGAUGAACAAGGCCUACAAGCGUCUUUUCCUCAGUGGCUGAGGCAGGCGAGGGGCCUGGAGCCAGUGUGCUGGGGCUCCCACUCGCCUGCUACUCCUACAGUCAGUGUGCCCCUGGGGGUCCUGAACUACUGCCCUGGGCUCCUCUAUUUAUUUCCCCUCCACAGUGUGGUUCCUUCCUCUGCAGUAAAGGACUUUGGUCUCUCCUACCCCUGCUGCAGCUUACCCUGCUUGUCCUGAUCCUCAUGACCUCUCUGUCCCUUGCUGUGCCUUGAUGGGAGAAACUCUGAGAAACUCUGAGGAUUUCCAGACUCCCCUUGGGUGUUAGUUUCAGGGCACAUAGGACAGCAGAAUAUCCCCCCUUUUGAUAGGAAAGCCAAGGCAGGGCUGAGGGGACCCAGAGAGAGCAGAAGCUGUCAAGAUGGUCAGAGGGUCUGCAGUGGGAGGAUGUGGCCUUUCUCUCUCCACCUCACUGUGGACAUAAUUAAUAAAUUGGAUUGAUAAUGUUA